UUUUAUAGUAAUAGCAAAUACGACGUUUAAACGUCAAUCAGUGGGUGUUUUCUAUUUGGUGACGUAAGUCACGUUUUGUUUUUGAUCGGUCAUGGAAUACCAAGAAAAAUAGAUUUGUGUCGAUUUGUUGACUAAAUGGAAAGUCAUCUAUUAUCCAUCCAUUAUCUCUAAUACAAGUCGUGAUUUAUCGUAAGAGAUUUUUGGAGUUAAUCCCAUCUUUUUCUAACUAGCACAACUUGACAAUGUCGUCUUCAUUUAUGAUAUUACGACGCAGUAUCGCGACUUCCUGUGUUUGUAAUGGAAAGCGAAAUUUUCGCAAAUUCUUAUUAUACGGUAAACGUGGUAGUCGCAACUUCAAACAACAACAAGCAAAAAAACCAGAUCCUGACAUACCAAUAGAUAAAAGAGGUGUAAGGGAUAUUGGAUACCAAGUUGGUAAUAGAUUUGUUCAAGUGCCAGAGAUGAUUCCUGAAUUAAUUGUUCCUUCAUUAGAAGGUUUCACAUUGAAACCAUAUGUAUCAUAUAGAGUAGGAGAAAUUAGAGAGCCUGAAUUCACUGCUCAAGAUUUGUUUGAUGUAGUAUAUUCUAAAAAGGUAAAAGAAGAUUUUGCAAGUGGUCAGUUGGAUGAGAACGGAGAGCCUUUAAAUCCUAGUGAAUAUGAAAAGCUUACGCCGCAGCAAGCCAAGGAGCAAGCUGAAAAAACGGGCUGUGAUCUUUUCUCUGAAAAGAAACCAUUGUAAGUUCUGCUAGAUUUUUUAAUUUAUAACUAAUUAAAUAUAAUUUCUUUUAUGGAUAUGUAUCGUGUCAAAAUAAAGAAAACUUCUCAUGCUCGAAACUUG